UGCUUGUCUUUGUGCUUCAUCCAUUACUCACCAACAACAUGCUUUUCGGCACACAGAGAACCGGCCUUGACGUGCUGUUGGAUCGUCCACGCCCCAACCAAUGGCAACAGUUCUGGUCCAAGCCGUACGUCUUUCUUGCACAUUUCUUCUACUCUCUUCGUCAGAUUACCCACGAGCCUCUCGCAAAUCCCAUUUCUAUUGUGUGCAUAUCAGACACGCACAAUUCUCAACCUCGUCUACCAUUUGGAGAUGUACUCAUUCACACCGGAGAUCUUACAUAGUCAGGGUCAUUAGGAGAGCUAAAGGCUACUAUCGCUUGGCUCAACUCUCAACCACACACACACACACACACGCACACAAGAUAAUCGUGGCAGGAAACCACGACAUACUGCUCGAUAAAGGCUGUGAUCGUCGAGAGGAAUCAAUGGCUGAAAGACAAGGUCUAGAUUGGGGAGGUUGUAUUUAUCUUCAGAAUGAGACUACAACUAUCACCUGCAGCAACGGCCGAAACCUAAAGAUAUAUGGAAGUCCUCUAUCACCUCGCCACGGGAAUUGGGCAUUCCAAUACUCGCGGAGCCAAGAUGCUUGGUCAAAUACUGCUCCGAACGGUAUUGACGUUCUCGUCACUCACGGCCCUCCUUUCGCUCAUCUCGAUCUAAACCUCUGGUGCCAUUAUCUUCUCAAAGAGUUGCGGCGCAUCCGUCCUUUGCUGCAUGUUUUCGGGCAUGUACAUGAAGGAUAUGGUCAGGAAACUGUGUUUUUUGAUAGAUUACAGAAGACAUAUGAGAAGGCUUUAUGUGACGAGACCUUCUGGAGCUUAAUGAAGGUAUUCAAAGAGUUUUUAAGGUCUCUCCUAAUGAGAAAGAAGCCAGCGAUGACGAGUUGUCAACUUGGUGAACCCAGCAAUGGUCGGUGGGCUUAGGAAUGAAGAGAAGAGAAACCCAAUCCAAAUCAUUAUUUAAUUGUCUUGUCAAAAUGACUAGGAGAGUACUUAAAUAUCUUGGGCUCAGUUCUUACAAAGGCCACAUGCAGCCCAGAAACAAUUAGACUCAUAGCCAGAAACUCAGC